ACGAUUAGGAAAAAGAAAGCAGAGAGUCCUUCUCUGGCCUACAUGGCUUCAAUGCUCGCUGGCUUUGAUCUUUCUUCUCUAUAUAGUUGACCAGAAGGCAAACCACACAAAAACCGGAGCGACUCUGCUACUCAUACAUUUAUGGCUUCAGCCUUGAAACUGUUCUAGACUGAAGAAAGAAAAGGAAGCCUUCGGUUUCUACGUUUCGUAUUUUCGCUACUUCAUUCGUCCUUUACCGCAUUUGUUCUUCUUCUUAGGUUUUUCCGAUCCCUAAUUCGCGGCUCCGCUUCGAUUUCGCCGGGAGGUUGUGAUCGGAAUCUGCGGAGAUGGGGUUGAUUUCGGGGAUUCUGAUGGGGAUGGUGUUCGGAAUUGCGCUGAUGGCCGGCUGGCGUCACAUGAUGGCCUACCGGAGCACUAAGCGCAUCGCUAAGGCAGUUGAUAUAAAACUCCUUGGGUCACUAAACAGAGAUGAUUUGAAGAAAAUAUGUGGAGACAACUUUCCUGAGUGGAUUUCUUUCCCUGUAUUUGAACAGGUGAAAUGGUUAAAUAAGCAGCUGAGCAAACUGUGGCCAUUUGUUGCAGAUGCUGCAGAGCUGGUGAUUCGAGAGUCUGUUGAACCACUGUUGGAAGAAUACAGACCUCCGGGAAUUACAUCAUUGAAAUUUAGCAAACUGUCCCUUGGUACUGUAGCACCCAAGAUUGAAGGUAUUCGUGUUCAGAGCCUUAAGAAAGGUCAGAUCACAAUGGACAUCGAUUUUCGUUGGGGUGGUGAUCCUAACAUUGUAUUAGGUGUUGAAGCUGCCCUUGUUGCUUCAAUUCCCAUUCAGCUGAAGGACCUUCAAGUUUUUACCGUCGCGCGCGUAAUCUUCCAACUCUCCGAAGAGAUCCCUUGUAUUUCUGCGGUUGUUGUUGCCCUACUUGCUGAGCCAAAGCCGAGAAUUGAUUAUACCGUGAAGGCUGUUGGUGGAAGCUUAACGGCCCUGCCUGGAAUAUCGGACAUGAUUGAUGAUACAGUCGAAACGAUCGUCACAGACAUGCUCCAGUGGCCACAUAGGAUUGUUGUUCCAAUUGGGGUGGAUGUUGAUAUAAGUGACUUGGAGCUUAAACCUCAGGGAAAGAUUACUUUGACAGUCGUUAGAGCAAAUGAUAUAAAGAACAUGGAAAUGAUUGGAAAGUCAGACCCUUAUGUUGUCUUGUACAUUCGUCCAUUGUUCAAGGUUAAGACCAAGGUUAUUGACAACAAUCUGAAUCCUAUUUGGGACCAAACGUUUGAGUUGAUUGCAGAAGACAAGGAGACACAGUCAAUCAUUUUUGAGGUUUUUGAUGAGGAUAUUGGGCAAGACAAGCGAUUAGGAGUAACAAAAUUACCUUUGAUUGAUCUGGAAGCAGAAGUUCCUAAAGAGAUGGAACUGAGAUUGCAGCCAUCACAUAACAUGCUGAAAAUAAAAGAAAAGAAGGACAGAGGAACACUUACGAUUAAGAUCUUAUACCAUGAAUUCAACAAGGAAGAGCAGUUAGUUGCUCUAGAGGAAGAGAAAAGGACAUUGGAAGAAAGAAAAAAAUUGAAAGCUGAAGGAGUUAUAGGGAGCACAAUGGAUGCACUUGGGUCUGGUGCUGGAUUUGUGGGAACCGGCGUGGGUGCUGGAGUUGGAUUUGUGGGAACCGGCGUGGGUGCUGGAGUUGGAAUGGUUGGUAGUGGCCUUGGAGCUGUUGGCAGUAGCCUGAGCAAAGCUGGGAAGUUCAUGGGAAGGACUAUCACUGGGCAAACCAGCCACUCAAGGAAAAGAAGUGGUUCUUCAACUCCGGUGAAUAGUGUCCAAGAAAAUGGUGGUGCAAAGCCACGGUAGUGUGCCUGCAUCCGCACUAUCUCUGCUAGAUUGUGUGAAUUGAUCCUGUGAAUUUUAGGCGUUGAUAAAUAGAUUUACGUACUCUGCUUUCUGACAUUUCGACAGUUUCUUAAAUACUGUUCCUUUAUUGUGAUAUGGGGAAAACAAAAUUGGCAUGGGUAUUGGUUCUGUGAGCAAUAUUUCUUCUGUAUCAUCCUGUAUUCGUGUCUUCUACCCCUCCGGAACGUGUAAUAAAAGUAGAAAAUAUUGUACAAAUUUAUCAAUCUUUUUCGUGGUGCUUGCAAUCU